GUUUUUUCAGACAACAGAUACCCCUGAAAACAAAGAAAAUGUCGAUUCUGUCAAAAGUGAGCAUUUUCUUCAAUAUCUUCCAGUCUGUUUGACUGUCUACUACAUAUGUAAGUCCCUGCACAUGAUUGUUUGUAUUUUUAACAGAACUUUUUUGGGUGAAGUAUCCUAAAAAACUUUGAGUUAAAAAAAGAUAUGUACAUGCAUCAUAUUUACAUCUGUGCAGAAUUUACAUAAUAAUAGGGUUUAUUGUACAAAGUGGUUUAUAUUAAAUCAUUACUUAUUGACACAAUUAGAAGAAAUCUAAGUAGAAACUUACUGUUGCUAAUUUAACCCUAAAAUGUUUGUUUGUUUGUCUGUUUGUUUUUGGUUUAUCAAUUGAUGAAUUAGAAAACAGAAAAUUAUUCCAAAUUCUUGGGUAAAGGUAAAAAUCAAAAUGCCACUCAAGGAAAAAAAAACGUUUUUUCCUCAGUUGGUAUGUUGUUGUUUUAGUAAUUAGCAUGUCAGUGUGGCUUUAAAAAAUCUUGCCACCCAUUCACGUCAGCAUCUAUUUCACAUGCCAGAUUUUUUUAAAAAGAGCUUUCAGUAGAUAAAUCCACAGUGGAUCUAAUUUUCAGGUGACCCACACAUCAGAACAGCAUACAAGUUUUACACGCUCAUGUUCUAUAUAAAUAUUUGUCGCUACACUGGAAAAAGUACAUCUACAUGAUGUAACUCACCACCUGGCUGAUCAGACUGCACUGCUUACCUUACCUGGAAUCUAGUUUUGUGUCAUUUCAACCGACACCAAGAGUGAUGGGCCCCCAAAUUCCUGAACAUCAGUGUCACUGGAAAGUUUAAAAACUCACAUGCUUUGGGGACUCGCGUAUUGAGCAACCUAUAGGGAGACAUGCACGUCCACAUUCAUGUUCUUUGAGUUCAUUCAUUCAGUAUCUCAUAUCCAGAGGCAACUUUACCAUCCAUUUUCACAAUCGACUCAUUGAGGAUGAUUGGUAUGUCUCAAGGGUGCAGCCUAUUCUCUGGUGAUGCUGUUGGGCGGAUAGUCCACCAACAACGUUGUGCUGUCUUUUUGUUUUUCACUUUUUUAUAUAAUUAAUUCAGCUUCUGCUUAAAUGACUCUUAAACUGUCACAAGACUGUGGAGAACAGGGAGUGUGUGUGUGUGUUGUGGUGUGUGGUCAUAUAGCAACUAUGAGAAGCAGCUGACCGCGUGGCUAGACACAAUAAAACCAGCUCUUACAUUCAGACUGGGCCAAAAUCCUGUCAAACAAUGGGACAGUUUACACAUGCUUUGCAUGUGUUCAUUGCAUUGAAAGUGGAGAUAUUUGGUGGGAUUCUUUUUUAGAAUAGCAAAUUAAACUUCAAAUUGGAUGAUUGCUAAUGUCCACAUACCUUACAGUCUACAGGCAUGAGUUUGAGAAACACUUGUUGUCAUGACACCCCCCUCUUUAAAGCUCGUCAAGUGAAACUGACCCUUCUAAGUUUGUAAAUGAGCUCUACUUUUACUGACCUACUGCAAGUGAGACUGAGAGCCCCACCUUAGAGUAGCCAUUUAGUAGCCGCCAGUCAAGUUUUGGCCUAUUCUGAAACAGUAACUACUUAACAUAAGCACAGUAAGGGCACAAAGGUUUAAACAGUAUGACAUGCAAGAAUUAAAUACAAUUGCUGUUAGCUUUCUUGGUCCGGAAUUUACUGUAUGACCUUUUUUAAGGAUAACAGUUGGAUUUGGGUGUUGCUGUAGAGUAGAUUAACAUUCAUACAUUCAGUAUAUUAGUCCUGUUUUAUGGGUAGCAGUAAAAAUAUAGAAACAAAAGACAAAUUGGCAACGGUCAAAAACAGUUGUAUGUUGAUUCAGUCAUAGAGGCUUUCACAUUACAUACAAAAAUUUAAAACUUAAAAUGGUAGCUUUAUAUAUAGAUAUAUACACACAUAUAUGUAUAAAUAUAUACAUAUAUGAUAAAGAAAAAUACAUCAAAUUAAUUCUACCGGCAGAAUUGUCUGCUUAUAAUUGCAUCUUCAGUGACACAGUGUCUGGUUUUUAUGCCUUAUCUUCAUUGAAAAGCCUGUCAAGCAAUAUAUAAACAGUCAGCACUGAUUUCCCUCCCUCUCUCUCUCUCUCUCUCUCUCUCUCUCUCUCUCUCUCUCUCUGUCUCUCGCUCUCUCUCAUGCAGAUUCCUUUCAUUCCAGCCCAACGUUCAUGUGGAGGAGGACACCUGUCAGGUCUCUUCCAGGACUCACACCCAUCCUUGUCGCUGGUGCUCGGGAAACAGGAAAAACCAGAGCCACAGCAGGGCUCGUCAUCAUCGCUGCAAGGGUUGGACACGAGCCCUGCCUUCUGUGCAACGACACAGAGGAAGGGAUGGGCAACACUCUUAAGUGGUGUGAAGUUUGGAAAUGUGUUAAAUCUAAGGUUCACCUUUGGCCCAAAUCAUGUUUUGGGGACAUAUUUGAAAAGAUGUUGCAUGAAACUUUAAACUGGCUUUGAUGCAAACUCAGAAUUUUAUUUUCCAAGCAUUUUAUCAAGUUGGUUUCAUAUUUUAAAGUGUAUUUUAAAUCAUUAUAAUCUUUUCUACCCCUUUUGUAUUUUAUUAUUUCUUUUCUCCCCAUCUUCAGAGUUUUGACCUUCGAGUAUUUGUUUCUUUAACCAGGGUCUGUCAUCCCUGCCUCCCUCCCAUAUAGCACCAUUGAUGAGACAGUCCAAUCACGGUCAGGCUGAGUGAAUAUAGGUAGGUGGAGUCUAGCAUUGAAACAGGGUGUGGUCCUGAAACCAGCAAGUUCUGUAGUAGUGCCCCAGGGUUUAAAUUGAGCUGAAUGAUUCCGGCCUUAUAGUCAUCAUAGCUGGCUUCACGCUUUUCCUUCUGUGUCUUUUCAGCUUUCUCUCUCAAUCUUUCACUGUAUGUUGAGACUUUCAGCUCUCUUGGUUGGAUUUUAAGUGAACAGUUUCACACCUUUGAGGACAGCUAGGGGCUAACAUCCACAGAAAAGCUUUGAAUGUAUCUGGUUUUCACCUGAGGCUCACCGGUGUUGCUGAUCUGCUGGAUACUCUGGUUUGAGUGCUGCCUGCCUCGGCUGUGCAGCUGCUUUCUUCACAACCGGGAGAGAGACCUGAGACUGACUGUUCUUAGCUGGUAAGUCACAUUGUUUCUGAAGUGUUUUAUUGAGUUACAUGGAUUCAAGCAUGUGUAUCACUUGUAUUUGUAGCUACCCCUUUAACAAUGUCUCUUUGAUUGAAUGGUGGUUCGACUGGUAUCCUCUGUCAGACAAACCUGCCAUUUUACCACAUUGUAAGAUUUGUCAAGAUUAGAUCAAACAUCCUAAUGCUGCUGCUUUGAAUUAAGUAUGAUUUUGUGGUUUUACAGUUUUUCCUCUUCGAAAGUCUCUGCUCUGCACACAUCUAUGUGGCUCAGUAGGUUGGCUAGCUUGCCCACAAGGGCCAAGUUCUCUGCCUCACCUGUUUUACUUGAUCUGUUAGUCAGCAGAGGAGUAUUUCAUUGUUUUUAGACUGACAGCAGAUCCCAGAUGUUUCACAAUCCAUCAUAAAACAUUUAAAUAUGCUGCAACAUUAUUUUCUUUUGACUCACUAGAUCUAAAAAAAGCUUUUCCAUGAUAGAGAUUUCUGCUCUGGCACUUUGGAUCAGGCCCUCCCGUACAGAUUUCAACCUGUAUUUUUUAAACACGGUUUACACAAGAGUUCAGGAUGUUUGAUGAGCCUGUGCAGCUGUCUCCUGUUUGUUCAGUCACUCUGUGGCUCAACCAACCAAUAAACCCACCUCUCCUCCAUCACCUGAUUUCAGAAUCUUUUUCUUACUUUUCAGGCCUUUUGAUAGUGGAAAAAAACAGAAGCAGCCAUCAUGCUGCGAGACACUGUAUCAAACCUGGUGAAAUUCCAUGAUUAUCUGAUAUCAAAAAUCGGUAAGUAUGUCUUUAGCUUCACAGUGGUCUACCUCUGCUUUCUUUAAAAAGUAAGAAAUGACUGGUUCUCUGGAAAAGCUGAAGAAGCCCAUAGAUUCAUCAUAAACAUCUUCAUUUACAGCCAACUUUACCAUGUAUCUGUAUUUGUGUCCUGUACUGAUAUACUAAGACAACAAUGGGUUUGUUUUUCUUGACCUCCAGAUCCCCGGGUCAGAGACUACCCACUGAUGCAGGAUCCCGUACACAUGACCUCCAUCCUGUUGACAUAUGUCUUCUUGUCAGUGUACAUUGGUCCUCGCCUUAUGGCGAACCGCAAGCCCUUUCGUCUCAACACAGCCAUGAUCAUCUACAACCUCAGCAUGGUUUUAUUAAAUGCCUACAUUGUGUAUGAGGUAAAAACAAAACAAAACGUCAAGCUGGGGUAUUUUCUGACUAAAACAUGCCAGAGUACUUGUGAAAUGUUAGUAACAGCUGCUGAUAUAUUUCUGAUUCUCAGUUCUUGAUGUCAGGAUGGGCCACCACCUUCUCAUGGAGAUGUGACCUGAUUGACACCUCAAGUACUCCACAGGCUUUUAGGGUAAGCUGAAGAUUGUUCACAUUUUGCCUUGGGGCUUAAAGACAACCCUUUGAUGUCAAGUACUUACAUCCGUUUCCUUCUUUUCCCUUCUCCUAGAUGAUUCGAGUGGCUUGGUUGUUUUAUUUUUCGAAAUACAUUGAACUCCUCGACACAGUAAGGACAUUUUCUUCACUCCAAAUACUUCCUGUCUUUGCUUUUUUUAAGUAUCUCUUUAAUAAGGGUCUGUCUCUGACUUUCUGAAAGGGGUGGCUGGACUGGGGCCCUGAUUUAUGAACACACAUGAAUGAAAAGCAUUUAUUUAUCAUUUUUAUUUACACUUAUCACUUAUAAUUAAAAGUUAACCUCAGGGUAUUUUAAAUGAUUUGUUCUCGUAUAUAUUGAGUCUUUACAGGCUCAAAAAGGAGAUGAGUGGCCAAACAAUAUUAAUAUUGUGCUACAGUGAAACGAGAAGAAAGCUAUAGCCACCUAUUGGUAGACAAAUAGUUAAUUUUAAAAUAAGUCAAGGCCAAUCAUAGUCUAGGAUUGGGGUGACCAAUCAGAUUUCAAAGGGGCCCAUUUCUCUGGAUACAGCCCUGUUUUUAAUUGUCGGACCUCUUGUGAUAUGCAGUAUUUUUUAAUUCCAACUCGUCUACUUGUAUUUCAGAUGUUCUUUGUGUUAAGAAAGAAACAAACUCAGAUCACAUUUCUCCACAUCUUCCAUCACUCCUUCAUGCCCUGGACGUGGUGGUGGGGAAUCACACUGACUCCUGGUGAGCAUUAUUAUACUUCAUACGACCACAAAUUGCGUGAAUCGAAAGAGAUGCAUGCUUAAAGCCAGAUUGAUAAAUUGUGAAGACAUCCACAGUGUAAUUCAGAUAUCUGUUACAAUUGUUAACCUGGUUAUUCUUCUCUUUAGCUGGAGGAAUGGGCUCUUUCCACGCCAUGGUGAAUGCCACUGUCCAUGUUAUCAUGUACUUCUACUACGGCCUCUCAGCUGCAGGACCUCGCUUCCACAAAUACCUGUGGUGGAAGAAGUACAUGACCGCUAUCCAGCUUGUAUGUCCUUCCUUUGUGAUUUAAAUCAAAAUGUUUUAGCACACACUCAUGUUACAAUGUGCUGUAUAAGGGAAACAAACACUGCAUCUGUUUAAGAUUAGAUUUUAACUGAUAAUCUGUCUUUUGUGUGUUGUUUUACAGACCCAGUUUGUUCUGGUCUCCAUCCACAUCAGCCAGUACUACUUUAUGGAAAAGUGCGACUACCAGGUGCCUCUUUGGAUCCACCUUAUCUGGAUGUAUGGCGUCUUUUUCUUCCUCCUUUUCUCCAACUUUUGGAUACAGGCUUACAUCAAGGGCAAACGGCUUCCUGUCAUAGAGGACAUACCCAAACAGAAUGGCUCAACCAGUGUACCCAUCAGUGUGGUGGCUAAUGGGAAUGGGAAGCAUCUGGAGAACGGGAAUGGGAAUGUGCACAACUACACAAACGGCAAGCUGGUCCUGGGCAAAGUGAAAGAAAUCUAACAUGGUAACUGAAAGCAAGAAGGAAGCUCUAGAGAGCUAACUUAAAUUCAUGUCAUUCAUCACAGAAGUUUUUUUCAGGAUCAGGCCCAGAUCUGAAUGUGCCUCAUCUUAAACGUCAUAACGUCUGUGUUAGCCCCAUUAGUUCUUCCGCACACUUGUUGGGAUGUGAAUGACAUGUUGUGUUUUACUCGUGAUCUACCUGCCACAUUGUGUUUGUUAGCUGUUGUGAAAACUAUUAACUGUGAUGAACACUGUAUGAAGAUUGGUGCUCAUUUUUUCACUGAUAGUAUUCAACUCAGGUUUGACCCACAUAAGCCUGACCUACACAACUGUUGAGCUGGCAUGACCCCUGCUGCCGCUCGGGAGUAUCGCACAGUUUCCACUGAAGGCUAGCACACAUAUAUAACUGCAACAAAGUUUAGACCAUAGAAAAAAAAGGAAAAAAAAAUGUAAAUGUCAAAUACUAUUUUUUCUGUUUUUAUUUAUCUUUUGAAAUAAAACAAAUUUUAGAUAAAGGUCUGUGUCAUUUGGAAAGCAGUUAUGGUGUGCACUUUGUAACAUACCACACCUAUUUUCCUUUUUUUGUGUGUGUUCGAUUUUAAGAAUUGUGGGAAAGAAAUGUUUACUGUAUAUUACAGUACCAACACAUUUUGCAUUUUUGCAUUGAUUAGGUGGUGACAUGUGCACUGCUAUUUGUGUUCAUCCAUAUUAAUCCUCCUGAAUUUUGCAAUGCUGCACAGUUGGCACACUGGGCAUGAAGUUAAUACAUAGAACCUUUUUUAAUUAUUGUUAAUGUUAAACUAAACUAUGCUGUGUAUGGCUGUUUCUGAAAAUUUCUGAAGAAUGUAAAUAUGAAUAAACCUACCAGUGUUUUUUCUGCUGUUGUUGAUAAAAUUUACAGUGAAAGGAUGACCUGAUUUUGGAAAUUAGAUCUGAUAUUUACCACAAAAGACGCAUGUAGGAGCUGCAAAUGAGUCAAGAUCAACUCCAGCAAUAUUUAAAGGAUGAACCUGCCC